AUGCAGUCGAGGUACUCGCAGCACCCGCAACAACCGUCCUACGCCUCCCCAUCCCGCUCCUCCUUCCAACAACCCUCCCACCCCUCGCCUUCGUCUCGCUUCACCCAACGCUCGACUCUCUCGUCUCGCUCGGGCGGCUCGGGCGGAUCUGGAGGCAGUGGCGGGGCACAGAGCAUGAGGAGUGACCGGACAGGCAGCAGCGGCGAGUACAACCGGAAUGCGGACCCCGCAGAGCUCUUCGUCAGGCAGGAGCGAAUUGGCAAGGGAUCCUUCGGCGAGGUAUACAAAGGGUACUCGGUACGGACGGGGAAGGCUGUUGCGAUCAAGGUCAUUGACCUUGAAGAUGCCGAAGACGAGAUCGAGGACAUUCAGUCCGAGAUUUCCAUCCUCUCCUCGCUCGACUCGCCCUUCGUGACCAAGUACGAAGGCUCCUGGCUACGCGGCACCGAGCUCUGGAUCGUCAUGGAAUACCUCCAAGGCGGUUCGUGCGGAGACCUGCUGAAACCUGGCGUCUUCAAGGAGGACUAUAUCGCCAUCAUCUGCCGCGAGCUGCUCAAGGGCCUCGAGUAUCUGCAUGGCGAGGGGAAGUUGCACAGGGAUAUCAAGGCUGCGAACGUCUUGCUGAGCGCUUCGGGUGACGUCAAGCUCGCCGACUUCGGCGUCUCGGGUCAGCUUACCGCGACGAUGACCAAGAAGAACACCUUCGUCGGCACGCCCUACUGGAUGCCGCCCGAGGUAAUCAAGCAGUCCGGGUACGACUCGAAGGCCGACAUCUGGUCUCUCGGCAUCACGGCGAUCGAGAUGGCCAAGGGCGAGCCGCCUUACGCUGAACUGCAUCCCAUGAAGGUCCUGUUCCUCAUCCCCAAGAACCCUCCACCAACGCUCGACGACCCUCGCUUUUCAAAGCCGUUCCGAGAGUUCGUCUCGCUCUGCCUCCAACGCGACCCUCUCGCUCGUCCUUCCGCGAAAGACCUCCUCAAGCAUCGCUUUAUCAAGACGGCUAAGAAGACGAGUUAUUUGACGGAGCUCAUCGAGAGGUUGGCGAGGUGGAAGGCGGAGGGUGGGGAGGGCCAGCGGGAUAAGGACAGGGAGGAUGGGAGCGGGGAGAGCGAGAACGAGCUCAUCCCGCAGCAGGACGAGCUGUGGGACUUUGGGACCGUCCGCCAUGUCCACGCUCGUGCUGGCGGUCCCGCGACUCUCCGACGACAACAGCAGCAACAGCAGCGACAGCCCGCACCGCAACGCGCAUACCCUCCUCAGCAUUCUCAGCCCGCGCCCGCCGUCCGCAGCCACGACUACGCUUCGCGCCCUCCUCACCCCGCUGCCCAGCAGCACUCGUACGACACCGUCCGCGGCGUGCCUCCUUCCGCUUCUUCCGACGCCGCAGGCCCGACUUCGGCGCACUCAGAGUACGACGAUUACUCUUCUGCUGCAUCGUCGGCGGGCGGAGCGAGGGAUCCGGAGGAGCGCGCCCGAGAAGCGCUUGAUCGUGAGCGGGAGAGGUUGGAGGCACUCAGGUUGCAGGAGCAGCGGCAGGUGCAGGAGGCGAGACAGUCUCAGCAGUACGCGCACGGGCAGAACGGGGCGGCGGCGCAGGCGGCGCAGCCGCAGGAGGGAGCGGAGGACGAGGGAGGGAUUAUGGAGACGGUCGUCUUGCCUGUUCUCGACUCGAUCCACGACCGCGUUACGAACCCUACCGCCCGCCAAUCCAUCCUUCGCUUCCGCGCCGCCAUCGAGCAGAUCGAGCGCGAGCCCGAGGCCGACGACUAG